CUCGCUUGCGCAGGUCCUGGAGACUAAGGGGAGGCGGAGGCGCAGAGCUUCAAGUGCUGAAGUCUCCAUGUGACAGUGAGCCGGGUCCUCUCGCUGGGCAACGCUCGACUCUCGGUCGCAGCCACAAGAACCGUGCACUGCUCCAGCUCCUACACAGACCUACAGGCCGGGCACACAAGGUGUUCCGCUGUGCUGCCGCCAAACUUAGGGUACAGUUUGAGUCGCCGCCACCGGGAGGGUUCCGGGGGACCUGGCGGAGAGAGGCGGAGCGGCGAGGCGAGCGGGGAUUUCUGCCGGCGCCGGCGCUCCUGAGUAGUAAGGCAUGAACGGCUUCACGCCGGAGGACAUGAGCCGCGGCGGGGACGCGGCCGCCGCCGUGGCCGCAGUGGUUGCAGCUGCAGCCGCUGCCGCCGCCUCUGCUGGAAACGGGAACGCGGCGGGCACCGGGACCGAGACUCCGGGCACCGGGGCAGUCUCGGCGGCGGGUUCCCCGGGAGCGGCGGGGCCGGGCCCCGGGCAGCUGUGCUGUUUGCGAGAGGACGGAGAGCGGUGCAGCCGGGUGGCGGGCAAUGCCAGCUUCAGCAAGAGGAUCCAGAAGAGCAUCUCGCAGAAGAAGGUGAAGAUCGAGAUGGACAAGAGCGCAAGGCAUCUUUACAUUUGUGAUUAUCAUAAAAACUUAAUUCAGAGUGUUCGCAACAGAAGAAAGAGAAAGGGGAGUGAUGACGAUGGCGGUGACUCACCUGUUCAAGAUAUCGAUACUCCAGAGGUUGAUUUAUACCAAUUACAAGUAAAUACACUUAGGAGAUACAAAAGACACUUCAAGCUACCAACCAGACCAGGACUUAAUAAAGCACAACUUGUUGAGAUAGUUGGUUGCCACUUUAGGUCUAUUCCAGUGAAUGAAAAAGACACCUUAACUUAUUUCAUCUACUCAGUGAAGAAUGACAAGAGCAAGUCAGAUCUCAAGGUUGAUAGUGGUGUUCACUAGGGGGUGACACAGAGACUGACCCUUGGAUGUUCAGAUGUUGAGACUGUUUACUGGUUUUCACAUGUAGAAGUGUUCCUUGUGUAUUUUUUCUACAGAGGAUUUUCUCUGGUUUUAUUUUCUUUGUUUCUGACCCUAAUUAGUUGGAAACUCGUGUACAAUGAGCUUCCUAGAUUAAGAAUAUUUUAAAUAAAGCUUAUUGCUAUUA